CAGCUAUUUAUUACACACCGGAAGGCUUUUACAACAGUUUAUGGUUGAUGUGUAUUUUAAGAUUGAGACCCAACGGUUGGAUUAUUAUAGACUAAAACAGCUUGACCUCAGAUCUGAAACAUAUCAAGGCGUUGUUGAUAGCAUGCAUAUGGAACAAUGGAUGCAAAUCAAGAUAUUACAGACGUCACUCCCAGUACUAAAUUAUGGGGUUGCAAGGUCAUACUGAUAGAGAAGCUUAACGAGCGUCAAUCAGCCAGGGGAGUAACAUACAGGGCCAUGAUCAUGGAGGAUAGUAAAGAGGAUGUCCACUGGAUUGAAGGACAGUUGCAGGUCUUAGAAGCUGGAGACAUUACAUUCUUUAUUGGUUGCAACAGCUGCAAUAGAAAAGUGAACUACAUAGAAGGAAUCAAUUUUAAAUGCAUGCUGUGUGGUGACCCUGAAGCAAAAACAAUUAAGAGAUUCAGAAUUCUGGCCGAAAUGAAAGAUGAGCUUAGUGCUCUACAAGUCACACUCUUCACCGACACACUUGAAAAGAUUGUACGAGCACUUGAAUUGAAUACACCAAUGGAGUUCAUAAAAUGCGUGGAUUUGAACAACAGUCUUGAAUCUCAGAAGGUGACAGCUGCAGUGAAACUACCACCUCGCACCGAACAAACAUCUGCAUCGAAGACAUUCUCAGUUCAAUGCCUUUACGACCUCCGUGAUGAAAAAACAGCAAGUCCAACCCUUAAGAGAAAGCUGAAAGUGGAAGAACCCAGCCCCAAAAAACAGUGCUGAGACAUUUCAUCAUGGUAGAAGCCUUUUGGCCUUAAAUCCUGCUACAUUGGAAACCUUUUUUCAGUACAUGUGCACUGCAUUUUGUCAUGUAUACCUACCUAGCCCCUUGUUAAAAAGUUACUUAAUGCUACUAACACCCGACUAAAAGGAACAAAAUAUGUUCCAAAUUUUGUCACUCCCUCGAAUACAGUUUGUAAGUUCUA